AUGACUCCAUCUUCAAGAAAUCAAAUGAAAUCAUGCUCAAAUCUUAGCGGAAAAGUUCGAGUUAUUGCAAGGAUUCGAGGUUUUAGGGAUCAUGAAUUGGCAUCGAAGUCUGUGAUACAGGUUUGCAAAUCCAGUGGCAGUGGGCCUUCUGAGAAAGUUACACUUUCUUUUGAUGAUCAAACGUCCAGCCGUAAAAAUGAGUAUGAGGUGGACCAUUGCUAUCAUCAAAAUGAAGAUACAGCUCUAAUUUUCUCCAUGGAGAUAAAGCCUCACAUCUCAAAGGUUUUUGAUGGUGAAAGCUCAACAUUUAUUGCAUUUGGAGCUCGAGGCACUGGAAAGACCUACACAAUCCAAGGUUCCAAAGAAAAUGUAGGCUUAGGAAUGAUGGUAAUGGAUGAAAUUCUCAAAAUGGUAGAAGGAGGAAAACAUGCAGUUGCAGUAUCAAUCUAUGAAGUUUUCCAGGAUCAUGUUUAUGAUAUAUUAGAUUCCAAGAAUCCUGAGGUUCGAGUACUAGAAGAUGCUCAAGGAAAGAUAAUACUUAAAGGGCUUUCUAAGGUACCUGUGAAAUCGAUGUUGGAAUUUCAGAACCUAUAUUGCAUGGGGAGUACUUCGAACAAGCCAAAACAAAAGAUAGCACCGGAAUUGCCACGAAGAAGUCAUAAAGCUCUGAUGAUACAUAUUUUAGCUUGUGAUAAAGGAGGAAAUCCUAAAUGUGUUGGAAAGAUGAACUUCGUUGAUUUGGCAGGCUAUGAAAAUGUCAGGAGAAAUAGCAUUGAUGGAACCAACCUUGUUGAGGGUACACUGAUCAACAAAUCUUUGAAUGCAUUGUUUAAUGUGAUCCAUGCUGUCAAUGCCAACGAGAGUCGUGUACCUUAUCGAGAAAGCAAAAUCACACGAGUGCUACAAGAUUCUCUUGGUGGAAAUAAUCAUAUAUCCAUGCUCGUUUGCUUGAACCCAUUGUUUUGCCCAGACACUAUUCAUGCAGUAACUUUGGCUUCAAGGUUGAAAAGUAUAAAACCCUCCAUGACUGCAAAGAAACAAACCAACUCCAGUGUACCUCUAUCUGCAAAUAAAGCAGAUUCUGUUGUGGCUGCACGCUCUGCAGCAAAAAAAGGAACCAACUCCCGAUUGCCUAUGUCUGGAAAGAAAACCAAUGCAGUGCUGAAAGAAAGGAAUAUUUUUGGUGAUACAGAUGCAGAGCAAGCAAAUGGUUUUAAGAAGCAGGCAAAUAAGCCAUCAAACUUAGUGAAGUCAGAUAUCCCCAAUGGUGAUUCCGCUGUUGUGAAGGAGGAAAAGGGUUCAUCAGAUGGUGCUUUAUACUCAGAUGUCAUAGAUGUUGCUUCAGCCAUUGUACCUUGUUCACUUCAUGAGGAAAUUCCUGUAUCUGUUGCUACUCAAGAUAAUUCAAUUGCUUUGAAGGAAGAGGAUGCUUUGGUAAAGGCAGAAAGCAAUUGUAAAGAAGUCACUCCUCUAGUUGAUGGUGAUAACAUAGUUAAGGAGGACAAUAAUUUGCUUGUCAAUGAAGGCCAAUCACCACCAUUAAGUGUUAGAUUAAAAGAAUUGUCGAUGAACCUGCAAUCUUUAUGUUCAACUCCUUUGCCUACAAGUACGCCCCAGGUGGCUAAUACUGAAAUUGGCAACAUCAUUGAUGCUGUCGAACCAAAAACUCCCAUAGUUACACAUAAGAUGGAUUUUUCUAACUGUCCAUCAGGAACAUUCAGCAAGCGUAGCUCGGGGAUGAAGCAAUCACUUGUUCAAGACUAUCUGGAAUUCUUAAAUACAGCUAGCAAGGAGGACUUGAAAGGGAUAUGGGGUAUUGGAGAGAAGAGAGCUUCGUACAUUUGUGAACUUCGUGAAGAAUCCCCUCAACCUUUUAAAAACCUUGAUGAUCUGCAGGAUAUUGGUCUUUCAGCAAAACAGGUAAAGCGCAUGAUGAAAAAGGUAGCCGGGGAGCUUUUCAGCAACUAGAAAUUUGAUAUCGUGGUAUUGUUAAUAUUGAUAAUAGAAGUUAUCAUCGACCUUCAAAUAUUUGAAUUAUUUUUUUGUGUUUAAUGGCGUUCAGUGCAUUGCUUUGCACCCUCUCGCUUGUAUACUUUAUCUUCUCUCUAGCAUAUGUUUAUGUUCGCCUUGAAAUAUCGUACUUGGUCAUGACAUCCACACUUUGUGAUUUCAGUG